CAUUUUGACAUUUUAAUGCAUCUUAUUUGAUGUAAAUAAAGAGAGUUAUUAUUGAAAAAAAGAGAUCACAUUGAUUUUAAAAAUGAAUUACUAACUAAUAUUAGUGCUGGACAACAUAGCGAAAUUGUGGAUAUACAAAGUAAAAAUGAAUCCGGUUAUAAAGUGUUUUGUUUGUCACGUUAAAACAGAUGAUUGGCGAAAUGAUUUAUGCGGGUUGAAAUCGCAGCAUUCAUGCACCUUUAUUACAGAUUUCAUGAGAAAAAUUUUGGGCGAUUUUAAUUUAUCACGAAACAUAGAUGAUGUCCAGAAUUGUAUUUGUGCCGAUUGCCUCAAUAGGUUUGAAGAAUACGACUGGACAUGCACAAUGGUAAAACAGCAGGAAAAAGAAUUAUACGAUUUGUUGAUAAAAAGCGAUAAGUUGUGUGAUGCUGAAUUGAAUAGGGAUAUUGGUGACAUAGGUUCAAAUGUAAGGAUUGACAAAUCAAUUGGUGAUGAUCCGUUAAUUGAUUUCACUGAGCAAUCGAACGAUGAACUUACUGGCGAUGAUGAAAUGAUAAAGGUGAUGGUUGAACCAUUGGAUGUUUUAAUUCCACAAGACAAAGAGUCUGAUGAAGAAUUUGAUGAACAUAAUAUGGAUAAUGGUGCUAUUUAUAAUCAACCGGAAGAUCCAGAUUUUACUGUUAAAAUUGAAGACGAUUCUAGCUGUGAAGAUAAUGAAGACUACGAUUAUAUUCCACAAAAACGUACUAUUAAAGCUAAAAGAGCAAAACCACAGGCAAAACCACAGCAAGUGAAAAAAGAUGAUGGUGAAUUAUCGACUCCAAAGAAACGUGGUCGUAAACCGAAAAACAAAGACCUUACAGAGGAAACAAAACCGCGUAAAAAACGUGAAAAAAGAUCAUACGAAUGCAAAGAUUGUGAACAAGUAUUCCAUAAGUUGGUUGAAUAUGUGGCCCAUAGAAAGUGGCACCGUGAACAAUUGAUCCCGGAAUUUCGUUGCAGUAAAUGUUUCUAUAUAUCAGAAAAUCAGGAAGCAUUCGAAGCUCAUGCCAAACUUCACGAAAAUGUUCCGGCUUUACAGUGUGUAUUUUGUAAUUUGACAUUUACAUUCAAAGGAACAUUGACGAAGCACACAAGAAUUCAUUCCAAUCAGCGAAAUUAUCAAUGCACCAUCUGUGGUAAAACAUUUUUGAGGAGCAUUUCAUUGAAUACUCACAUGAAAUAUCAUUUGAAUAUGAAGACGAAACAAUGCCCGCACUGUCCCUUGGCCUUCGUUGAGACGAAAAACUUAACACGCCAUCUAAAGACACACACAUUGGAGAAGCCGUAUAGUUGCUCGAUUUGUGGAAGAAGAUUUGCUUACAGUUACAACGUUAGACCACAUGAACAAACUCACACCGAUCGAAAUGUUUAUCGAAAAUUUAAAUGCACCGUAACCGAUUGCAAAUCAGCAUUUGAUAGUAAGGCCAAGCUCAACACUCAUUUGCAAAAGUCGCAUGCAAUGACCUCUCUAAUUUACGAAAAUACAAACAAUCCAUCGCGACUCGGAUCAUAGAUUUAAUUUAGUAUUUAAUUUU